AUGGACGCGAGCUCUGAAAACGACGGGAGGAGGGGCGGAAAUGGGGAGCUGAUCAGUACGGACUCGCAGACGCUGUUGCCGCCGGAUACCACCAAAUGGCCCAAGAGCAUUGCCUUCAUCAUGGGCAACGAAGCCUGCGAACGGUUCUCCUUCUACGGGCUCAAGGCCAUCCUGGCCCUCUAUCUGCACAAGUACCUGCUCUUCUCCGAAGAUACCUCCACCAUGGUCCGCAAGUUCAAGACGAUCCUCUAUCUGUCGUUCGUGUACGUGGCGGGCAGCAUCGUGUUGUCGGUGACCUCCAUUCCGGGCGCCACGGGCGACCCUCCGCAUUGGUGGGGCGCCGCCGUCGGACUCACCCUCGUCUCGCUGGGUACGGGUGGCAUCAAGCCCUGCGUGUCCUCGUUCGUCGGUGACCAGUUCGUCAAGGGCCAGGAGGCGAUGUUGGGCAUGGUCUUCGCGAUGUUCUACUUUUGCAUCAACGCCGGCAGCCUCGCGUCGACCAUCAUCACGCCGCUGCUCCGCGAGCACACCACUUACUACAUCGCGUUCGGCGUGCCCGCAGCGCUGUUGACCCUGGCCACGAUCGUCUUCUGGGCCGGCCUCCCCACCUACCGCAUCGUGCCUCCCGGGGCCAACAUGACCAACAUCCUCUUUGGAGCCCUCGCCGCCGGGUUCAGGGGCAAGUUCAGAUCGGGCGGACCCAAGAAGGGGUUCUGGGAGCACGCCGAGGACAAGUACGAUCGCCAGACCAUCAGCGACAUCAAGGCGGCCCUCGGCGUCUACCGAGUGUUCAUUCCACUGCCCGUGUUCUGGUCGCUGUUCGACCAGCACGCCUCCCGCUGGGUAUUCCAGGCGGACCUCAUGGACCGCGAAAUCUUUGGACUCACCAUCCAGCCCGACCAAGUCCCCACCCUCAACCCCCUGAUCAUGCUCACGCUCAUUCCCAUUUUCAACAAAGUGGUGUACCCCGGCCUCGAGAAAAUCGGUAUCCGAUUGAGACCGUUGAUGCGCAUGUCGAUCGGCAUGCUCUUCAUUUCGCUUUCGUUCGUCGUGGCCGGCUUCAUUGAGCUCUGGCUCGAGGAGGACCACCUCUUCAUCGCCUGGCAGAUCCCACAAUAUUUCCUGUUGGGAUGCGGCGAGAUCAUGGUCUCGAUCACGGGCCUCGAGUUCGCCUACAGCCAGGCGCCCCAGUCGAUGAAGAGCGUGGUCAUGGCCGGCUGGCUGCUGACCACGGCCGUGGGCAACGCCAUCGUCGCCGUCAUCGCCGAGUCCAAGAUCUUCUCCGAGCGGUGGAUCGAGUUCUUCUUCUUCGCCGGCCUCAUGGUGGUCUUCAUCGCCAUCUUCAUCGGCUUCACCUUCAACUACCGCUACGUCGAAGAUGCCGCCGCCGCCGCUGACGACGGGCUGGCGGGUCUGGGCGGCCAGAGCGACGGCGACAGCUUCCACCAGGACGGCAAGCGCAAGUCGUCGUCGUCGAACAAGAAGGAGGAGCGACGACGGCUCAUGCGCGAUGAUCGCUUCGAGGAGGGCGUCGUGAUCGACCACGAGGACCCCUACCCGACCCUCCACCGCGGCAACCACAGCAGCAAGCGCGACACCUCCGGCUACGACCAGCUCGAUGCCUAA